AUGACUGCUGAAAAGUUCCCUACUGGUCUGGACGUCACCGUCAUCUCGAUUCUCGCAGAUGUACCGGAAACCAUAGCUUCCAGCACAUCUACAUCAAUAACGGGAAAGGAAGAUGGACACUUCUAUGUCAACAGAUGCACUCAGGAUACCGCCACAACCCAGGAUAGCCAGAGUCGAGUUUCUGGCGACGAUGAGGAUGACUUCAGCAGCCACGAUGAAGCUGACGAAAAUUCAGACGAUCGACAGCACAGCAUGACCCCAGAAAGGCCUCGUAAAAUCACCGAGAAGAAGCGCGCAGAUCACGCUGCCUUUCACAACUGGCUUCAGAGCAACUCCAAUGAGAUCGCUCAAUCGGCCCCUCAGCCGGUUCAAACCCUCAACCACACCUCCACUGCCAUGAUGGUACGCGAGAGUGAGAAUCGCAAGAUUAUAGAAAAUCCUCGGGAGUAUCAGAUUGAGCUCUUCGAGCGGGCGAAGCGAAAGAACAUCAUUGCUGUGUUACCCACCGGAUCAGGAAAGACCUUAAUCGCAGCCCUCCUUCUGCGAUACACCCUCGAACAAGAAACCGCGGAUCGACGAGCGGGCAAGCCCAAGAGAAUCGCCUUUUUCCUUGUGGAAAAGGUUGCCCUUGCCCUCCAACAACAUGCGGUUCUGGAGUGCAAUCUUGAAUUUCCUAUUGACCGUGUGUGCGGUGACAUGGUACGGUCGGACUGGAUCAAGGAGUCAUGGAUGAAAAGAUGGGAUGACAACAUGGUCAUGGUCUGUACCGCCGCCAUCCUUCAGCAAUGCCUUGCCAGAUCUUUCAUCCGCAUGGAUCAGAUCAACCUGCUUAUCUUCGAUGAAGCACACCACGCCAAGGGAAAUCAUCCGUAUGCCCGAAUCAUCAAAGAUUACUACAUUACUGAACCUGACAAGGAAAGACGCCCCAAGAUCUUCGGCAUGACUGCCUCUCCGGUGGAUGCCCUCACCGAUGUCAAGAUUGCUGCCGCUCAACUCGAAGGCCUGUUGCAUAGUGAGAUUGCGACAAUCGAGCAGGACUCUGCAUCAUUCAAACAAAUCCAAAAAGAAGUCGUCGAACAAGACUGCAAGUACUCUGCUCUCGAACCACCCUUCACCACCAAUCUUCAUAAGAAGAUCCAAGAACAGGUGCGCUACAACAGGAACUUUGCAAAGGCGUUAAGCCACUCUUUGGAAAUGUCGAGCUCCCUUGGCAGUUGGUGUGUCGAUCGCUUCUGGCAGAUAUUUCUGACUGAAGAAACCCUCGCGAGAAUGGCAGCGCAAACCGCACAAGACAAUAUUUUUGCCGAUCGCGCCGAAAGGGAGCACGUUGCCAUUGAGGAAGUCCGCAAUAUCAUCAAGCAACAUCAGUUCCUCCCAGUCACCAAAACCCUGCAAGACUUGUCGUCCAAAGUGCUGUGUCUUCUCGGUCAACUGGAACUGCGCUUCAGUGCUCCUACCGAUCACAAGUGCAUCAUCUUUGUGGAGAAACGAAACACAGCCAUGAUUCUUGCUCACCUCCUCUCCUUGCCUGGGACUGGACCUCUAUAUCUGAAACCGGCUGCGCUUGUCGGGAAUCCAUCUGACAACAGCCCUCUUGCCAUGUCGUACAAAGAGCAAGUGAUGACAAUAACUAAGUUCAGACGCGGCGAAUUCAACUGUCUUCUCGCCACUUCUGUGGCCGAGGAGGGCAUUGACAUCGCAGACUGCAAGAUUGUCAUUCGAUUCGAUCUUUUCAACUCGGUGAUUCAGUAUAUACAAUCCAAAGGCCGCGCUCGGCACUUGAACUCGGAGUAUAUUUGCAUGGCCGAGCUAGGCAACGGCAAGCAUACAAGGGCGAAGAUACAAGCAAAUUAUGACCUCUCCCUCAUCCGCCAAUUCUGCAGCACACUGCCAGAAGACCGCAAGAUCGUGGGCUGGGAUCCCGAGGCAGCUCUUCACCAUGGCGAGCGCGACCAUGAGUUCCACAUCAUUCCAUCCACGGGGGCCAAACUUACCUGGACCGGCAGCCUCGUGGUUCUGUCAACUUUUGCCUCUUCUCUACAGGUGAACGACGAAACCCUAAGUCCUUCCUAUAUGGUGUCUCUCAUCGGUAGCGAGUACAUCUGCGAAGUCCAGCUUCCGAGCAGAUCUCCUAUCUUGAGCGUGUCAGGCACGCUCCAGAAAAACAAGGCAGAGGCCAGGUGCUCCGCAGCGUUUGAAAUGUGCAUGAAGCUCAUCAAGGGUGGGUUCAUCAGCAAUCACCUUCAGCCGACGUUUGCCAGAAAGCUCCCGGCCAUGCGAAACGCACGCCUAGCCAUCAGCUCCGAGAAACGUGAUCGGUACAAUAUGAGGGUCAAGCCAGAGGUAUGGUCACGGCGCGGACCGGCAUCCUCUCUGUUCCUCACAGUCCUGAAGCUUCGUGCACCUGGUGCAUUGAACAGGCCAUCACAGCCACUUGCCCUCCUCACACGAGAGGUACUGCCAGAGCUUCCAGGAGUUCCGCUAUUUUUCGGUAACUGUGGUCGGUCCAUAGCAGAGGUAAUAUCUGUGGUGAAGCCCAUGCACUUGGAUGAGAUACGUCUAGACAGCAUAAGAGUCUUCACCCUGCGCAUUUUCAAAGACAUCUUCAGCAAAGUAUACGAGUCCCAAGUCGCCGACCUGCCAUACUUCCUGGCACCUGCUGCUCAUGACCACAGUCAUGAGUUCUCACCGAAUGAAGACCCAGGGUCGCUGAUUGACUGGAACCAUCUGAUGUUGACCAAAGAGGUCGAGUACUUGCCUUGGGAUGAAGACCAUAGUCCCAGCUUUUAUCAAAACAAGUUUGUAAUUGAUCCAUAUACGGGAUCGCGUAAGCUGUUUCUCAGAGGCAUUCGGACAGAUCUCAAGCCAACCGACUUGGUUCCAGACGGAGUUCCCGAUCCCCCAUUCAGGCUCUGGAAGGACGUUGAGCAUACCAUAAAGGAAUACAGCAUCAGUCUUUGGGCCAAGAGUCGAGCCCGGAGAGCUGGUGAAUGGUUGGCGAAACAACCCGUGGUAGAAGCUGAGUUGGUCUCGCUGCGCCGGAACCUACUCGACGGAUUCGCCGAUUCCGAACAAGCAGGGUCUAGGAUCUGUUAUGUGAUUCUCCAGCCGCUACAGAUCUCAACACUCCCUGUCAAGGUCGUCGCUAUGGCCUACAACUUUCCCGCCAUCAUCCAUCGGAUUGAAUCGAACAUGAUCGCCCUUGACGCCUGCCGUAUGUUGAACCUACAAGUUCGUCCCGACCUGGCUCUCGAGGCGAUGACCAAAGAUUCAAGCAACAGUGACGAGCAAGACCAGGAGAAGAUUGAUUUCCAGGCCGGCAUGGGCAAUAAUUAUGAGCGACUCGAGUUUCUCGGGGAUUGCUUUCUCAAAAUGGCAACCACCAUCGCACUCUUUACUCGGAUCCCUGACAGCAACGAAUUUGAGUAUCACGUCGAGCGAAUGCUUCUUAUUUGCAACCAGAAUCUGUUCAAUGUUGCAUUGAAGAAGAACUUGCAAGAAUACAUCCGAUCAAAGCAAUUCGAUCGCCGCAGUUGGUACCCCCAGGGUCUGAAGCAGAAGGCGGGCAAAGCCCAAGGAGCACAAAACUCACACUCAUUAGCCGACAAGUCUAUUGCUGAUGUAUGCGAGGCCAUGAUUGGCGCCUCCUAUUUGUCGUACGCUGACGAGGGCAACUUUGACAUGGCGUUCAAGUCUCCUGCUCUGCUGCGGAGUGCCUUCAAGCACCCGUCCUACCCCCGUCAGUUUGAGAGCGUGCCCAAUUACCAGCGCCUCGAGUUCCUCGGUGACGCGCUUCUAGACAUGGUCUGCGUCGACUUUCUCUUCAGGAAGUUCCCCGACGCCGAUCCCCAGUGGCUCACUGAACACAAGAUGGCCAUGGUUUCGAACCACUUCCUCGGAAGUCUGAGUGUGGAGUUGGGCUUCUACCGGCGUGUGCUGCACUUCAGCGGCGUCAUGGCCAACCAGAUUAAGGACUACGUCGACGCACUUACUCAUGCACGUCAAGAAGCCGAAGCCGCGGCCCAGAUCUCUGGCGUGAUCUCGCAAGAUUACUGGCUCAACGUGCAGCACCCCCCCAAAUUUCUCUCAGACGUGGUCGAGGCAUACAUCGGUGCUAUUUUCGUUGAUUCAGGAUACAAUUAUAGCCAGGUACAGGCAUUCUUCGAGAAGCAUAUCCGGCCUUUCUUCGCAGACAUGGCGCUAUAUGAUUCCUUUGCCAGCAGCCAGCCUGUCACGACGUUGGCGCGCAUGAUGCAGCAGGACUUUGGCUGCCAGGACUGGCGGCUUCUUGUAAGUGAGCUGCCACCGAGCUGCGAAGACGGAGGGGCAACUGCAAUCACUGAGACGGAGGUGAUUUGUGGGUUCAUGGUCCAUGGAAGAAUCCUGCUACAUGCCAAGUCGUCGAGUGGACAGUACGCCAAAGUGGGUGCUGCGAAGAGAGCGGUUGAAAAGCUAAUGGGUCUCGGUAACGACAAGGAGGCCUUUCGCGAGGACUUCGGCUGUGACUGUGGCUGUGAUGGUCAAGCAAUCUAG